AUGAGUGGGGAGAAAAUACAGCUGGUUAGAGAGCUAUAUGCACCGGCUCGUCGUAACUUUAAGCGUCGAAGAGUGAUCGUGAAAUGCUUUGAUGACUUGUGGCAAGCGGAUUUGGUUGAAAUGCGGCAGUAUGCCAAAAUAACAAAAAAUUUCAAUUACAUUUUGACGGUCAUCGACGUGUUAUCCAAAUUUGGGUGGGUUGUGGCACUGAAAAAUAAGAGUGCUCAAUCGGUUGUCGACGGAUUUAAAGAAGUGCUUCAAAGCGGUCGAUCACCCAAGACUCUUCAGUCGGACGACGGUAAAGAAUUUUUCAUUGCCGAAUUUUAA